UAAAUUUAUGACUUUAAAAUCCAAAGAGUAUUCAGUUCAUCACAUAAAAGUACGAGUUGCUGAUAAUUUAAUUUAAAAUAACAAGAUAAAUAUUUUUUUAAAAAAAUAUUGACAGCAAACUGCGCACGUCAGGUUUAAAAUUAUGUGCUCGUUACUCAUUUGAUAAAUUAUCAAUCAUAAAUAUUUAAUUACAAUAUUUAAUGAGUGGGGGGUGGCAGGAAGUUGUGAAAAUAAUUUAUAAUCAUCAAUGAUGAUACUAAAAAUUAAAAAACGUCACAAGAUAAUUUAAAGGCCAAGCAGGAGGCGCUGCGCUUAAUUGUUUAUGUUUUAUUUAUUGAAGUAAUAAUUGUAACAAGCGAGUGAUCGAGUGAUAACUUGCUCGUCGUAACAGAAAAGUCAUUUUUCGUAACGUCAACUCAUUGAAAUAUUUAAUUGUCAAGUAAAAUUAAAACAAUGGCUCAAGUUAUUCCAACAAUUGAUAAAGUAAAAGCAGAAGCCAUGGAGAUAUUCCACAAGGAAUUUGGUAAUGAUCCAGAUAUUUGUGUUUUUGCUCCAGGAAGAGUUAAUUUAAUUGGAGAGCACACGGAUUACAACGAAGGUUUCGUGCUCCCGAUGGCUCUGCCAAUGGUCACAAUUAUUGUUGGAAAAGUAAAUGGUAAUAAAAAUUGCACUAUUGUGUCAACAAGUAAAUCCAUCACGACGACGAGCAAACUUGAGUUUGACGUAAGUGAUCGUAGCAAAAUAACACCUGGUGAACCCAAGUGGGCCAAUUACGUGAAAGGUUGCAUUGCCUAUUUUCCAGCUGAUGUACCAGGAUUCAAUGCAGUGAUAGUAUCAACUGUGCCAAUGGGAUCGGGACUGAGCAGCUCAGCAGCUCUGGAAGUCGCAACUUACACUUUCUUGGAAGCUUUGACGGGAGUUGAGUGCAAAGAUCCACGUGAUAAAGCUUUGAUAUGUCAGAAAGCUGAGCACGAGUUUGCAAAUGUCCCUUGUGGUAUCAUGGACCAGUUUAUUUCAGUGAUGGGAAAGCAGGGGCACGCGUUGCUACUCGACUGUCGUGAUCUGUCCGUCACUCAAAUUCCCAUGGAUGGAAUUGAUGAAUAUGUAUUUUUAAUUACAAAUUCAAAUUCACCCCACAAAUUGUCCUCGAGUGCGUUUAGAGAGCGGAGAGACGCUUGCUUUGAAGCUGCCAAGAUGUUGGGAAAGAAAAGCUUACGUGAAGUCACUCUGGAUGAUCUCGAGGUUUUGAAAAAACAAGGAGCUGGUGAAAUAAUUUUAAAAAGAGUCGGUCAUGUGAUAAAUGAAAAUUCACGAACACUAGCAGCCACUGCGGCGUUUCAAGCCGGUGAUUAUAUUAAAGUUGGUGAAUUAAUGAACGAAAGUCAUGAUUCACUGCGUGAUAAUUACGAGGUGUCGUCUAAUGAACUUGAUACGCUUGUAAAUACUGCGAGGAAAAUUCCGGGUGUGCUGGGAAGCAGACUAACAGGGGCUGGGUUCGGUGGCUGCACUAUUACCUUUUUGAAAAAGGACUCUGUUGAUCUUGUUAUCGCAGCCAUCAAUAAAUCAUACUCAGGGACUGCUUCAUUUUAUAUCGCGAGCCCGUCAGUGGGAACCGGAAAACUGGAUUGUAAAUAAAUGAAAUUUAAAAUAUA